GCGGCGGCGGGGCAGAGCUGGUUCGGGCGCCGGCAACUGCGGCUGCGGGGAGAAGACCAGGGAGCGAUGUUGCCGGCGGCGCGGGCCGAUUACCUGGCGCCUUGGUGGGCGUCCUGGCUGCACGGGCUCCCCCACUUGAGCCUGAGCCUGCAUCCCGUGUCCAGCGCCUUCCGGCCGAAGGACUCCGACUACCAGCAGUCCUUGCUGCUCUUAGCUCUGGUGGGUGCUGUAUUUUUGGGCCUCAACCUGGUCUUCCUUGCUAUCUAUCUGAUUUGCCUGUGCUGCUGCAAAAGAGAGGAAGAGUCUGAAACCAAGAAGUCUAACUCCUGCUGCAUCACCUGGACUGCUGUGGUUGCUGGCCUCAUCUGCUGUGCUGCUGUUGGCAUCGGUUUCUAUGGCAACAGCGAAACCAAUGAUGGGGUUUAUCAGCUGAUCUAUGCCCUUGAUAAUGCCAAUCACACUUUCUCAGGGAUUGAUUCACUGGUCUUUGGCACCACUAGACAGAUGACGGUAGCUUUGGAGCAGCAUAUGGCUCGACUGAAUGAGAUCUUUGCCAUCCACGUUGACUACGUGCAGACUCUCAAGUUCAUGCAGCAGAUGGCAGGCAACAUUGUCUUGCAACUCUCAGGGCUCCCUGUCUGGGAGGAUGUUACUGUACACCUGUCCCAGGUGACUACUGAAGUCAGCUCUGCGGAGUAUUACAGGUGGCUCUCCUACCUCUUGCUAUUCAUCCUAGAUUUGGUGAUUUGCCUUAUUGCUUGCCUGGGGCUGGCUAAGCACUCAAAAUGUCUACUUAUUACGAUGCUGUGCUGUGGGCUGUUCACACUCAUUCUCAGCUGGGGCUCCUUUUCAGUGGACGUUUCAGCAGCAGUGGGUAUCAGUGAUUUCUGCGUAGCCCCGGACAAGAUCAUCCUGAAUAUGACACAAAGUGGCCUCAGUGCAGAGAUAGCUCGCUAUUACCUAUAUUGCAGCCAGAGUCUGACCAACCCCUUUCAGCAGGCUCUGACCAUCUACCAGCGUUCUCUCACUACCAUGCAAAUCCAGAUUCAGGGACUGAUGCAAGUUGCUGUACCCACUUUCCCUUCUGCUGAGAAAGACCUUCUUGGAAUGCAGAAGCUACUCAACUCCUCAGAGACUAGCCUUCACCAGUUAACUGCCAUGUUGGACUGUAGGGGCCUGCACAAGGAUUAUCUAGAUGCCUUGAUUGGGAUCUGCUAUGAUGGAGUGGAAGGACUGCUUUACCUCAUCCUGUUUUCUCUGUUGGCUGCCAUGGCCUUCUCCACCAUCAUCUGCGCCAUGCCGCAUGCCUGGAAGCAUUUAGGCAGCAGGGACCGGGAAUAUGACGACAUAGAUGAAGAAGACCCUUUCAACCCACAGGCCCGGCGUAUUGCAGCCCACAACCCUUCACGUGGGCAACUUCGUAGUUUCUGCAGCUAUAGUAGCAGCUUGGGCAGUCAGACCAGUCUCCAACUUCCAGCACAGACCAUCUCCAAUGCCCCAGUGUCUGAGUACAUGAACCAAGCUGUGCUCUUUGGUGGGAACCCACGCUAUGAAAACGUCCCACUGAUUGGAAGAGGAUCGCCUCCCCCCACGUAUUCUCCAAGUAUGCGAGCCACCUAUCUUUCGGUUAAUGAUGAUCACAGGCAACAGCACAGCAACGAAUUUCCAGCCUAGCACCCAACUUGUAGAAAAACCCUCGCAAACAAUGUUUCUAUAGUGGAACCUGACAAAAACUCACGGUAUGUGGACUGCAGGGAACAGGAAUGCCUCCAUAGCGAAGUGGCAGAGAAGGGCAUUUGGAGAAGGCAUCAGUGGAAGAAGACGCCCACUGGGAUUCUGGAUAAUCUUCCCAGAGGGGUAUCCUGUGUGUUCAAACUGGCAGCUUUUGUUCAUAAUUCUUAGUCUUCCUCUCUUGCACACACUGGAUGAUAUACCUCCAACCUCUGAGCUGACUGCUCUGCAUUCUUCUCCUGAACUUAUCUCCUGGUCCUUUCCUGCCGCCAGAGCUUUGUAUUCCCCAACCUGGUUUUUUCAUGGGGGCGGUCGGGAGGAAGGAUGAAGAGAUCUGGGAUUGCCUCAAAUUUGUGCAAAGACUAUUAAUUCCUAUUUUCUUUUCCUUUGCACUGACUCUUGGGGCUGUAUUGUCUUUGGUUGACAGUAUGGGUUGAGCUUCCUUUUCUCUUUUUCUUAAUAAGAGCAAAUAACAAGACCAGUACACUGUACAAGUAAAUAGAACACUGACAUGUGGUGUACAAUAACCGUGAGGGAAAUGGGAGCUUGUCGCGGGAGAAAAUGCUCCUAGCUGCUGAGUCAAUGCAAUACCAACCAUUAGAGUGGAUUUUGUUUUUCCUCUGGAAAGGUCUCUGGACAAAGCCUUCUGCUAGCUUGGUGCUGUGCUACUUGAGCAGCAGCAUCCCCUCUCAAAAGCAGCACCUAUUUGAAAGAUAUGGGACAAGAUCUGCACAGUAUUUUCCCUUCUUCACCAGUUUCCUUUGUUCCUGAAAUUAACAUGAAAUUCACCAGCCAUUGCUAUGGUGGCCUCAGGUAUUAUUUAGAACAAAUUGAUUCUUUUUUUGUGUGUGUUUCUAAUUUGUCAUGUUUUUAAUUUGUAUUUUAUUUUCCUCCAAUGUUUUAUAUCAUUUGUCCAAAGAUCAAACAUAACUUUUUAAACUUUUUAAAAGAAUUUUUAAUGGAAGAUUACUCAUAAUUUAUAUGUACAUAUAAAACCUGCAUAAUAUCCAUUUUUAGCACCAUUUCCCUAAGAAACAAAGCAAAAUUAAGCUCCCAAGCAGAUGGAAAUCUCCACUGCCUUGUAUGUGAGAAACCUUAAACAUUCUUUACUCUCAUUCUGCGGGGAGGGGGCUAAGUAGCGUGGGAAAACUAGAUCUGAAUUAGUGUGUAAUGGCUCCAAAGUGCUGCAGUGAUGAUUGUAUUGACAAACAAUGGUGUUCACCCAGUUUCUCUUAAGUAAUUAUUGUCUUCUUUCUCCUGAGAUGACAGCAGCUUGUGUCUUUAGAGGUUACUGGAAGUAAUUCCAGCUAUCAACACUUAUCAAGGAAAUCUUUCUAAACUAUAACUGCUCUUCCUCACUGCAGUGGUUGUUCACAUGGUUUCAGCUGUCAAUACAAACAGUAACUAAUUCUCAGCUUUUUGUGGAUACUGAGAUGAUCUCUUUUGCCUUUCUGCAUGUCUUAGUCUGAGAAGGAGAUGUAUCUCCAGGUAGCAAGGCUAGAUUGCUGGGAGGGGAAAAAGACUUCCAGGGGACCAAAACAUGUGCAAACAGAUGAGGUGGGAGGUUCCUCCAUCCACUGGUGCUUUGGUGCUGUCCUUUUACUGUUCUUAUUUUUGGCCUUUUGCCUAAAACAAUUUUAAUUUUUUUGAAGUCAGUGAGGUUGUAUUUGUUUAGGUUGUGUUGUGUCUGCUCAGUAAAUCAUUAAUAAACAUAUUUUGAAGAUGUUUGAUAGCAAUAUUAUAAACUCUUUCAUGGGAACCCAAAGGGAUGGGUCCUGCUUAUCAAAGCACAAAGAGCCACAAAAUACUCCCAAGCUGGAAUUUUAAGCCUCACAUCCUUCAGAAUCGUUUACACCAACUUCUGUUUAGGGAUAGAAGUGCUAAACACUGCAGAGGUACAACAAAGUUGCCCUCCUGUGCAUGUGAUGCUACGUGGAGGUUUUAAUUACUUGACAGAAAUGACUCACUGUGUCUUCUAUCAAGGAUAACUUGUACAUAUCAUGUAUGGUGACAUCGUUUUUACAUCCAACUCAUAUGUGACAGACUACAAAUUAAGGCAUGUGGAAGGGAAAACUUGAUUUUAUGCUUUUAAUCUUGCCAUUGUAAUAGCACCAUUUAAACCUGUUUUUUUAAAAACCGCAUGUGAGCUAACCUCAUCUCAGACUCCUUUCAGGGCUAUGCCUGAUUUGUAUGUACUGGCUGAGAAGCAAAUGAAUAAAGACUUGUACUAAAAAGUGA